UUUAAUUAACCACCGAUUAAUCCACAAACACUCCUCUCUGAGUCUCUUCAACUCUUUCUUGGGUUCAUUUCCAGCGCCCCCUUCUCUUUCUUUCUCUCUCUUUUAUUAAUCGAAAAUUGAUUUUCUUUCUCCUCCAUUAUUGGAUCUCAGUCUUCUCACGAUGGCUUCUACUGGGAAUCCAAAUCAACACCAGCAACCGCCGCAGCAACAACCACAACAAGGCGGUGUCGGAGGUCAAUUCGAUAUGAAUAAGUUCUUCAAAGCCUCUAAUUUACCCUCACCACCGCUACCUCAACCGCCGCAAAACCCUAACAACAUGGGUGGUCCAACUCCGUCUGCUUCAUACCCUCCACCCACUGCUGGACCCUACUCCUUCCCACCUCAAAACCCUAGUCCUCCAUACUUUCACCAUUUGCCCAACUUCCCUCCUCAAGAUCAACUCCCCAAUUUGCAUCACCAGAGGUCUGUCUCCUUCCCUACACCCCCUCUUCAGCCUGUCCCUAGUGCUCCUCCCCAGAAUCCCAACCCAGGUGCUCGUCUCAUGGCGUUGCUCAGUAGUCCUCCUCCUGAUUUCAAUUACUCUCAUCAAAACCCCACCCCUGUACCCGCCCCUAUGCCAUCUCCCUCCGAUUAUUCUAUGCCUGCUAGUGUCCCUGUUUCCCCCUCUGUGCAGCCCAUUCAUGGCGGUAUGGUGCAGGCCGCCCCUAUUCGUAUGCCCAGCAGUAAGCUUCCCAGGGGACGUCAUUUGGUCGGUGAUCAUAUGCUUUAUGAUAUUGAUGCUAGGUUGCCAGGCGAGGAGCAGCCUCAGUUGGAGGUUACUCCCAUCACUAAGUAUGGCUCUGAUCCUGCUCUCAUCCUUGGUCAUCAAAUUGCUGUCAACAAAACCUACAUUUGUUAUGGUCUUAAGUUGGGCAACAUUCGUGUUCUUAACAUAAACACAGCUUUGAGGUCUUUGCUACGAGGGCAUACUCAGAGGGUAACAGAUAUGGCCUUCUUUGCGGAAGACGUUCAUCUUCUGGCUAGUGCAAGCAUAGAGGGACGAGUUUAUGUAUGGAAGAUUUCUGAAGGCCCAGGUAAGGAAGAAAAGCCAGAAAUUUCUGGAAAUGUCGUGCUAGCUAUUCAUAUUACUGGGGACGAAGGAUCUGUUCAUCCACGGGUUUGCUGGCACUGUCACAAACAAGAAAUUCUUGUCGUGGCCAUCGGUAAGAGUGUCCUUAAAAUUGAUACUACGAAGGUGCGCAAGGGUGUUGAUUUUUCUGGAGAGGACGCUCUUGUGUGUCCUUUGGACAAGCUGAUCGACGGGGUUCAGCUGGUUGGUAAACAUGAAGGGGAGGUCACCGAUUUGUCAAUGUGCCAGUGGAUGACAACACGUUUGGUUUCAGCUUCAAAGGAUGGAACGAUUAAGAUUUGGGAAGAUCGCAAGGCAGCACCGCUUCUAGUAUUGAGGCCCCAUGAUGGUCAUCCUGUUGACGCAGCUAAGUUUUUGGCUGCUCCACAUCGGCCAGACCAUAUCAUGCUUAUCACAGCUGGACCACUUAAUCGAGAGGUGAAGCUUUGGGCUUCAUCUGAUGAAGAAGGAUGGUUGCUUCCCAGUGAUGCUGAAUCUUGGCGGUGCAUACAGACACUGGAGAUGAAGAGUUCUGCUGAACCUCGAAAUGAGGAAGCAUUUUUCAAUCAGGUUGUGGCAUUAUCUCAAGGGGGGCUUCUUUUACUUGCAAAUGCCAAAAAGAAUGCUAUAUAUGCAAUUCACUUAGAAUAUGGUACCACCCCAGCAGCAACCCGCAUGGAUUAUUUAUCAGAGUUUACUGUAACUAUGCCUAUCUUGAGCUUUACUGGGACAAGUGACAUCUUACCUCAUGGAGAACACCUUAUUCAAGUUUAUUGCGUCCAGACGCAAGCCAUACAGCAGUAUGCUUUGGGCCUCUCACAAUGCUUGCCACCACCUUUGGAUAAUUUGAGUUUAGAAAAGUCGGAUUCCAUUGUUUCUCGUGAUGCAGUUGAAUGCGUUCCUGCCUUAGAGCCAUCUGGAAGCAAAUCUUUUGAGGUUCCCUUUUCUGCAUCGAAACCAAGUAAUCACAUCAGUGCCCUCGGGAGCCCAUCUGAGAUUAAGUGUCCUGUGGGCGAUGCUUCUGAUGCAACCCCAGAUAUCACGACUUCAAAUGCGGAUUCUACCCCUACUUCAUUAUUACCAGCAUCAAGCAAUGCUGAUGUUGUGUCUGUUGCUUCUCUUCCUCUUAGUCCAAGGUUGUCUAAAAGACUCAGUGAUUUGCGUGGUGAUCAAUCUGCUAAUGAUUAUUCGGUUGAAAGACAAAUGGAUAGUGCACAUACAAGUUCAUCCGCUUUGCCUGCCUCAAAUGAGGAUAGCAGACCUGUACAAGGGAAUGCUUCUGAUGUUGUCAGUCCACCUAAGAUGUUUAAACACCCAACUCAUCUUGUUACUCCUUUUGAGAUUAUGGCUACAUCAUCAGCUGAUGCAACCCGUGUUUCUGAAAAAGGUGAAAAUGAGGCCAAAAAUCAAGAUGUAAUUGUGAGCAGCGACACAGGAAAUGUUGAGGUGGAGGCUAAAGUUGUUGGUGAAACUGGAUUUGCCAACACUGAUGAGUCUUCUCGGCAAGUAGAUCCUCAAAUCAUAACAGAUAGAAAGGAGAAAUCCUUUUUUUCUCAGGCAUCUGAUCUUGGCGCUGAUAUGAGUCGAGAGUGUUGUGCAUUACCAACUGAGACAUCUAUCAUGGAAGAAGCUAGAAGUAGCAUAAUGGAGGCUCUAGCGCAACCUUCAAAUUCUGGCGAGGAGGAAGGGGAUGAAGCCAGCAAUGAUAUGUCCGGGAAGGCUGCAGACUUUGCUGUCUCAACAACAGUGCCACAGUCUCCUACACCAGGCAUCAAAGGGAAAAAGCAGAAGGGGAAGAAUUCUCAAGCACCCGGUUCAUUAUCCCCUUCACCGAGUGUUUCAAAUUCAGUGGAUUUGUUUCAAGGGGCUGCAAUGGAACCUUCUGGUUCACAGAUGCUUGCUAUGCAUGAAACUCUUAAUCAGAUACUAAAUGUGCAGAAAGAAAUGCAAAAGCAGAUGAGCACAGUAGUUUCUACACCAGUUACUAAAGAAGGAAGACGGAUAGAGGCGGCUUUGGGACGGAGUGUAGAGAAGGCCCUGAAGGCCAAUAGUGAUGCUUUAUGGGCUCGUACACAGGAGGAGAUCACUAAACUUGAUAAGUCCUUACGAGAUCGUAUGCAGCAAACACAUGGUCUGAUAAAUAAUAUUGUGAACAAGGACCUUGUUGCAGUGCUUGAGAGAACAUUGAAGAAAGAAUUGGCUGUUGUUGGCACAAAUGUAGCUCGUGCAAUAAGUCCUGCUAUUGAGAAAACUAUUACUUCGAGUAUUACGGAUUCCUUCCAGAGAGGAGUUGGUGACAAGGCAGUGGGUCAACUUGAGAAGUCUGUAACUUCAAAACUUGAAGCUACUGUUGCCAGGCAAAUCCAAACACAGUUCCAGACGUCUGGUAAACAAGCACUUCAGGACGGGUUGAGGUCUUGUUUGGAGGCUUCUGUCAUCCCUGCUUUUGAGAUGUCCUGCAAAGCAAUGUUUGAGCAAGUUGAUUCUGCAUUCCAGAAGGGAAUGGCUGAACAUACAGCAGCAGCACAACAUCAAGUUGAAUCAACAAAUUCUCAGCUAGCCCUUACCCUGAGGGAUGCUCUAGCCUCAGCAUCGUCACUAACUCAAACCUUGAGCGGAGAAUUGGCUGAUAAUCAGCGGAAGUUGUUAGCUCUUGCAGCUGCUGGUGCAAACUCAAAAGCAGGAAAUCCAUUGGCCACCCAAUUAAGUAAUGGGCCUUUGGCGGGUCUACAUGAGAAGGUGGAACAGCCGUAUGAUCCGACCAAAGAGCUUUCUAGACUGAUCUCAGAACACAAGUAUGAGGAUGCAUUUACUGCUGCUUUGCAAAGAAGUGAUGUAACCAUUGUCUCCUGGCUAUGUUCUCAGGUUGAUUUGCAGCGUCUUUUAUCAACGGUGCCUUUGCCUUUGAGUCAAGGCGUGUUACUCUCACUUCUGCAGCAGCUCUCUUGUGAUAUAACAAAGGAUACAGCUAGAAAGUUAGCCUGGAUGACAGAUGCCGCUGCAUGCAUACAACCGCAUGAUCCAAUGAUUGCAGUGCACGUGCGUCCGAUUUUGGAGCAGGUUUACCAGAUAUUGAACCAUCAACGUAGCCUUCCUUCCGCUUCACCGGCAGAGUUAUCAAGCAUCCGUGUCGUCAUGCAUGUUAUCAACUCCAUGUUGCUUUCCUGUAAAUGAUCCUUGCAGUGUAUCUCUUGUUUCAAGUUUUUCUGUUGAUUUUGACUGUGAAGGUGGACAUUAUGUAUAGGUGAACUUUUUUUUUCCCUCCCUUUUGUUGAGGGUUAAAACAUGGAAAAUGGAAUUGGUGUAUGUCUUGGUUAAGUAGUUUUUAUCUUUUUUUAUACAUGCUAUGGAAAGAUGAACUUGUUAA